AUGCACAGAUCAGAGCCAUUUCUGAAAAUGUCGCUGCUGAUUCUGCUUUUCCUGGGAUUGGCAGAAGCCUGUACUCCUCGUGAAGUUGCAACUAAAGAAAAAACCUCCCAAGUAGCUGGGAUUAUAGGUCUCAUGAGCAGACUGUCACCAGAUGGUCUCAGACACAACAUCACUUCCCUCAAGAUGCCUCCCCUGGUGUCCCCGCAAGAUAGGACAGAAGAAGAAAUAAAAAAGAUCCUAGGCUUGCUGAGCCUCCAAGUACUGCAUGAAGAAACAAGCGGCUGCAAGGAGGAAGUUAAACCCUUCUCAGGCACCACCCCAUCCAGGAAACCACUCCCCAAGAGGAAGAACACGUGGAACUUCCUGAAAUGCGCCUACAUGGUGAUGACCUACCUCUUCGUAUCCUACAACAAAGGGGACUGGUGUUACUGCCACUACUGUAACUUGGAACUGGACAUCAGGGAUGAUCCCUGCUGUUCUUUCUAGUGAGCCUGCUCCAUCUCAGCUUAGCCUUCACAAGGCCUCCAUCUCCCGGGCAUUCUAACCUCUGAAGAAAGCUCUCUGUCCCCUGGACUGCCUGUGUGGAGGGUAAUGAACUGGGUCCUUUAAGGAAUGGCACCUGGGUGCCCAGUGGCAUGGCCAGAAGGUGUCUGUGGGGGCCAUGCCUUAGGGGGAUGCACCCAGGGUGGCUGAGAGAGCAACUGCAGGGGUUUCCCCUAAAAUCUCUCCUCCAGACCGUUCUCGAACUUUCCCCACUACUUCCAUAAUAAAAUGUAUACUUGU